CUCAGUAUUACACGGGCAGCCCCGGCAGCUGCAGGACUCGCAUCUCGGCUGCUGUUCUUAUGGCAACCGCUGUGUGACAGUAAACAUUCAUUUCUCUCUCCAACUUCACUGCAACUCCGAGGGGCAGCGCUUAAUAGACCAGUGGGCACUUGGUAGUACUGGGAUGUGAAGGCUCCUCUGCCGUCCGAAGUUCCAGAACUGCGCUAAUUAUCGGCCGAUUCCGUCGCUUUGCACAGAGGGGCGCUGUGAGAGCGAUGGGCUGUUCGAGUAGUACUCAGACUCAGCCUCAGGGGGGGAACAGACCACCAGCAAAGUCCCUGGAAACCAAUGGACCCAAGAAAAGCGCCUCUUCAGAUAUAAGCGAUCAGAUUGCCGAUGACAUUGAAACGAUCCCUGACCAGACCAAACUGGAACCAUUAACAGAGAAUGAAGCAUCGAUAAAUGAAGAGCUCCCUGUGGAGGAUGAAGUGGAAGCCAUAGACACUGUAGAGUUAGAGGCACCAGAAAGCCUAGAGCCAACUGAAGAGGAGAAUGGUACCACAGGGGAACCAGAAGAUAAAGUAGAAGAUGCAGAGCAACCUACAGAAGUCCAGCCAAAUGAGGAGGAUGCAAUGGCUGAUGGUGAGAUUGAAGACUCCGAGGAAGUCAAGACGCUGGAAGAGAUACCAAGUGAGGAGGCAGAGACAAAGGAGGAAGAAACAGGACACCUGCUGGACGAAGCAGAACCAGAGAUUAGUAUGUUGAUUGCAGAGUGAAUGACCUCCUCAUUAUCACUCAGCUGAGAGCAAUGUAGAAGAGUGAAGCUUUUGCAAAUUUGAGACACCCAGCAGAUGAUGGGACAGAGGACUCUACUUUUGCUUCGGGUUGGUUCGCACUGGAGAAAUGGAUGCAUUGGGUGACAUGGCAAGUCUCAACUGUCCUUUCAAAGCCACAUUGCCAAGACUUCAGCAAGUGAACUGCUGCUGCUGCACUACAAUGUUGUGCCUUAUCUGUGAACUGUAUACGGGGUAUCUUUUUUUGAACAUAUGGAACAAUCAUGUGUGAUGCCUGCUUCUCUGUAUUUCUUGCUUGGUAACACAAAAAAUGAUUUAACGGGUUGGGCCUAGUUUGUAAUCUGUGUGGUUGUAAAUAAAUGGAUUGUCUUUCAGGGCCCCAAUAUAUUCAGCCUGCAUAUAACAGAAUGGCGCUUCACUUCGUAAAUAAAUAGGGCCCUUUUUGUGCUUUUCUUUUCUAUACAUCAUUACAUGGUGUGUCCAUGGUUGAUGGAGGUCAAUCUCUCGCUCCUUAUUGUUACAUGGAAAAAAAGCUGAAUAGUUUUUAUGGCAUUGUGUAGAGAUUAUUGGCGUCAUAAAAUCCUAGAACUAUUAACAGCCAGUGAAAGAGGCAAUAGAUUAAUAGGACCCCUUGCACCAAUUUACCCCCAGUUACCACUAAUCACUGAGUAUUAAUGGCCUGCAAUGUAAAAUGAGGCUGUAGACAGACUUACACCACUGCCCCCACUUUAGUGAAUAUACUUCAUCCUUUUGUCUUAGUUCUCGGUUUCCCAUUUUCUCUUACUUUCCUUAAAUUUCUUUUCCUUAAAUUUGUUUUGUUGGUGGGCCUAAUGAAUAUUUUUCUGGAGGCCUGGUACAUGGGUUGUGGCUCAUUAUCAUUACUAAUUAAUUACUCUUCUAAUUCCCUUCCCCACUAUGCCAAUGAUUAUGAUUUACAAAAGUGUGUUUUUUUUAAUUAACGUUUAAAAGAAAAUGUAAACCUUCAAAACAAAUUAAUGUAAAACUGCUCUGAGAACCCUUCUAAGCACAAUUGCUAUUUUUUUCUAGCUUUCGGAUAAUGGAGAAUAUAAUACAUUUGAAACAA